UACCCACGAAAGGAAACUAAAUUUGGUUUGUUAUUCUUUCUGUUACUCCCAAUCGAAACUUUUCCUCACUGAGCACUCAGAAGGUAUGGACGCUUCAGAAGAGCUGGCGAUUUGUAGCCACUGCCAGAAAGACGUGGUGAAGACGAACCUUCCCAUGCAUGAAGCUCACUGCCAGCGCUUCCUGUGUCUGUGUCCCGACUGUGAAGAACUGAUGCCUAAGGAUCAGCUCGAAGAACAUCGUGAGGAACAGCACACUCCGGUUAAAUGCAAGAAGUGCAAUAUGAAGAUGGAAAAAUGCAAGCUAGCAGAUCAUGAUGCAAACGAAUGCACAGAGAGGCCUCAGAGCUGCGAGUACUGUCAGCUGGAUUUCCCUUGGAGCAAACUGAAGGAGCACGUCGUAGCCUGUGGGAGUCGGACAGAACUCUGUCAGGACUGUAACAAGUACGUCACCCUGAAAGACCAGCUCCAGCACGCUCAGACCUGCACCUCUGAGGACUUCAGCUUUAAAACUAAAUCCAUUAAUGGAAAUGUAAAAAAGCCUCUGCCAGGGAACACUCUGCAGAAGGAUGAGCCCGAUGAUUACGUGGCAUACGAUUCGAGAGAUCAGCGUGCUAGCCAAUCCGCCGAUCCUGAGCCUGAUGACACGACUCUGUCGCUGUCGGAUCUGCAGAAGAAGAAGCGGAAUGAGAAAACUGGCUGGAUAGAUGAGGAUCAGAUCAGAACCUGUCCACACUGUCACCUCGCUCUGCCAGUAAACACACUGCAGUGGCACGCUGACAAAUGCUGGAUUGCUGAAGGUCUGAAACGGAUGAACGAGGCAAAGGACGCGAGUGUGAAGAAGUGAGAAAGAAAUUUGUAAGUGCUUGACUGGAAGAACUGCUUGCAGAUACACAGGCGGCGACAUCAGAACUCAUUUUAAUGAAAUCUAAAUUGUUUACUCUUUUCUCAAACAUCUGUCAAGAUCGAAUAAAAGCAACAUUUCUGGGUAGGAUAAUUACCGUAUUUGAAAACAAUGCAUUUUUUAUUUUAUUUUUUUUAAAUUAGCUUCAUGUCAUGGUAGGAGUUUUAUUAAAUAAAAAAGAACGAAGCUGUGUAAAACGUUGCUGAGUGCAAAGUUGUGCGAAAACUAUACAGGUGUAACUACAUGUAUACGCUGGAUAAAACAGCACAAAAGAAAGUAAAGGCAUAUUUGAGUAGCACACUAUGGCUUUCCCACUGGUACUUAUUAAAGAGAAACGAUAGCAUGGUAAUGUUUUUGGAAAAUAUUUUGGAAAACUUCUUAUAAUUUUUUUUUAUUAUUUCAAUUCCUUAGCAAAAUAUUUUGACCAACAUGAAUAUAAAUUUGGAAAGGUAUGUUGUUGUUUUUUUAUUAUUAUCUUUAUCAAUUUGUAGGAGUUUUAUUAAAUAAAAAGAAUGCAUUCGG